GACUGGGUAGCCUACAAGUUAUUAACCUGAAUGAUCAGGACUAAGUCGUCGGGGCACCCGGGAAGGGGAGGGGAGCUUCGAGAUGGUCAUAAAUUUCUGAUUUAACUCCACUUGCCGUCUGUGAGUCUGCACCGACGUCUCAUCCUGCCUAAACUGAACUGCCAGCAGGCUGUGUGUCUCCUCAGAUGCCGAGGGAGUAGCUCAGGAAGGAGGGUGGGUGAAAAAAAGAAAAGACAAAAAAAAAAAAAAAAAAAAAGGAAACAAGAUUUCAGCACCGGAGCUGUCCGCGGCUGUCUUGGGGAAGACUCUAUUCCUGCUAAAAGGGGGAAGAAGCUGUAAAUUUUCUCUGUGUGACUGUGAGGGCAAGGGAUAAUAAACUGCUGUGCCAUUCGUCUCCCUGCGGGGGUACCGACGAACGAGUAAAGGCUCACAUACUUCAUUCGGGCCAAGUCUUGCCAUGCUGGACGGCCACGCUUGAGUCAGGAAGGAUAAAGUCGCCAGAAAGUCGCGGUGAACAACAGCCUUUACCCUUUACGCAAUGGGAGUGCUCAUGUCAAAGAAGCAGCAGGUGGAGAAGGUGCAGAAAUGCACCGCUGUCGUCUCUGCCUUCCAGGCGGGCCUUAAAGAUCGUGCUGUCACAGUGAAACAGGCAGAAGGGCAAGUGGAGGAAGGUGAAGGGCAUGCCAAGACCAAUCCUGAUGAGAAAAAUACAGAGGACGCAGUGCAAGAGGAGAAUGACAAUAGCGCAAGUCCAUCAACUUCCCAACAGGCCUCAGCGCCAACGAGAGACGAGUGUAACGUCAACCAGGAGGCUUGGUCGAGGUUACGGGAUGGGAAGGGAGUAGAGCCGGAAGAUCUUGACAAGACUCAUCAGCUCACACCGCCUGCUUUUGUGCGACCCAAAAGGGAACCUGAUGAUGACCAGCCUAUAGAAGUGGACCUGUAUAAGAAAGAGGAGCCACGAAGCGAUGAGAUGUGUGACGUGUGCGAGGUGUGGACUGCUGACGACCUGUACCCUUGCAGGAUCUGCACUCGGGUAUUUCACGAUGGCUGCCUGAGAGAGCUGGGCUACCUGCGUGCUGAAGCUUUGCAGGAGAUGAGAGAUACAGCCCACACGGUUACUGGCUGGAGCUGCUACUAUUGUGACAAUCUCAAUCUACUUCUAACAGAAGAAGAGAUGUACAGCCUCAUGGAGACCUUCAAGCAAUGCAAGAUCAUCCCUGAGUCGUGCCUGGUGUCAGACGAGCUGCUUCAGUACCGCCACUUUGUAUCCAAGCAGCAGUUUGAAAAGGACCUGACUGAUGAGCAGGAAGAGGAAGUCUUGGCCCAGUUUGCUGCGCUGGAUCCUGAGAAGAAGGGACACAUCGAGUGGUCGGACUUUCUCUAUUUUGAGUCUCUGGCAGUGUUAAGGAAGUUUCGCACAGAGAACUCAUUGGUGCGUCUGUUAACUGCCAAGGAGAGAGACACUGCAAGGUCAGUGUUUCAGGGUCUGGAUCUGGAUAAAGAUGGUGUAAUCACACGAGCUGAAUGCCGCCAAGCUCAGCAGUCUUGGUUUGAGAAGCUCAAGAAAGACUCGCAGUCCUGCAAUGUGAGACUCAUGGGAUUCUGCUCUCCUAUGAAUUGUGGUAUAAGUCAUGUUGGCCCAAUAUGUGAGAGCAGUCCAGCCAGCUCUGGCAGUGAAAGGAGCAAGAAUGACGACAGCAGGCCAGUGACCUGGGCAGACUUCCUGAGGGAGAGUGGCAUCUAUAUUUUGGCUGCACGGCCUAAUAGUUCUGCCAUGCACAUCAGACUGCCUCUAUAGUCCAGGAUCUGCUACUGCAUUCAGCAGAGGGAGUGAGAGAUGGAUGAUGUACCCCCUAUAGUCUACAGUUGAGUGAGGGAGGAUAGACAUGCUUAUACAAUGACACGAGGAUGGCAAGUGAGAGAACUGGAUGAAGCAAUGAGGUAGCAGAUCAAGCCAGUGACAGAAUCUCUCCUCCUCUGCAUCACCUCAACACCACAACACUGACAAUGCACGCUGACUGACACACCACAGACGCAAGUGACAGCAGCUGUCACAGGUCCCCACUCCAAAACCUGACAGCUUCCAACAAAUGUGAAAGCUAGAACAAGUAAGACAACCCACUCACAACCUAAUCAGCUGGUGAUAUUUCUGAAACUUUAAAUGAUCACGCACAGUCAGAUGAGCACCUAGGAUGAUCACAUGAGCCAACCUAGACUCUACAGUUCUACAGCUCCAUAAGACACCUGGGUGGGCACAUUAGGGUGUUGGGCUUCUACUCUUUCACAUGUUCUUUCCUUUGGGCCCCAAAAUGUCCUAAUUAUAACACCAUGCAACUGAAAUGGGAUUGUGUUAUGCACCAUUAAAACUGUUAAUCACGCCACACAGAAGCACAUGCAAAUUAAUUUCUGGUAGUGUUUGAUUUGUGGGAGGAGAUUAACCACGCAGCUACAUUAACGGAAUAUAUACCAAACAACAUUGAAAGCUAUCUGCAUACAUUAUAAGAGAACUGCUAUAUAUAUACCAGUAUAAAUUAUCAUGCAUUUAAAAAGAUGUAUUUAUUCCUGUAUCCUCUGAUGUAUCCUGUUUUCUCCAUUUCACCCAUGAAUCUGUGUUCACGAAAAUGCUAACUGUGAAAGGGAAAGAAAGCUAACCCUGUAAGUGACAUGUAUAUACUGCCAUAUAGUGCAUUUUGGUAUUAUUCUCCCAGAGCUGCACUAUAACAAGGUGUAAAUGCCACUCCUCGUAUUCUAAUGUCAUUAUUUGCACUGUGGGAAUGAGAUGUAGUUGGACUAUUGUGACAUAAUCACUGUACUGAAAGACUGAGAUCUGCUGGAAAUGUUUGUCCUUUGCUAAUAUGCAGAAGCACUCUUUAAAAACUGCUAUGGAAAACGAGAUGAAAUUAUAUAAUGUAACAGAUUACACGAUAAUUUUAAGGCACGCGAUCCUGCCCCUGAAUCACUAGAAACCUACUGUAAUGAAUAGGACAUUAUGUAGUGUUUAUGCCAUGUAAUGGAGGUUUUAUGCUCGGUUCUUUUGAAGUAAAUAAAGUAUGGUAAUUAAAUCAAAUUGUGGU